AUGACUCACCUCCUACCACCCCACCCGGACCUCAACCUCGCCCACUCGUCCCUCCAGACCGCCCUCCAGAUUGACCCCAACCAGCAGCCGCCCCCGACGCCCCAGCACUCACCGCCCCCACCCACUACGCCCGGCUCCCAGCCCUCGUCGAGGAAGCGGAGAAAGGCCAACGACGGCAGCGACGAGCCCGUGCAUCCGGCAGAGCCCCGCCGUCUGAGGCGGUCCCAUGAGGCGUGCGCGCGCUGCAGGAGCAAGAAAAUCAAGUGCGACUCCAAGCACCCCCGCUGCACCGCCUGUGCCACCGCCGGCACCCCCUGCCAGCAGGAGGAUCGCCAUCGCCAGACUCUCACCCCUCGCGGCCACACAGAGCGCAUCGAACGCCAGCUUCAGCAGUGUGAGGCCCUUCUCAAGCGCCACAAUCCCUCUUUCGACCUCAAUGACCUCGACGCCAUCCUCGCCCGCGAGGGCAUCGAAAUCGACACUGGCGAGAGCUCCAGUGCGUUCCAGUUCGCCCCCCACUCCCCGCAAUCAGCCACCACCCGUGGCUUCCCUCUCCGCUCGGAAGGGCCGAUGGAUGGCUCUCCGCCCAGAGGCUACCCAUAUCCUCCUCCUGGCCAGCCGAUGAGCUACCCGCCGCCUUAUCAUGGCGGUCACAUGCCCAUGCCCUAUCCCCCGUACCCGCCUCCUCACCACAUGCCCAUGCAUGGUCCACCUCCGCCAGGCUACGACCCGCGCGUGAUGCCGCCGCCGCCUCCUUUCCAGCACCCAUUGCCUCCUCCGCCGGGCUCUGGUCCACCGCGUCCACCGUCGCCGCAUGAGAUCCGUGGACAGGAUCCUUAUUCGUAUGACAUGACGAAUACGCAGGCCUUAGCGAACGCUUUCGGUGUCGCCUCUGCUAUCAUGAACGAUGUGACAAUCCCCCCGACCGACAGGGAGGACCUCGCAGUGGGCUCCAAUGGCCUCACCUCCGGCCGCGACCGCGACACGACAGAGACGCAAGUUCCUCGCGAUUCGUCAAAAUGGAUCACAGUCACCAUGCGUCGCAACAGCGUGUCGCAGCCCAACGAUGAGACAGCUCCAGUUACUCCCGCGACGACGACGAUCAUCCAGGUCUACUUACCCAAGUCCCGGGACACGGUCAGGGAGGUCCUCGACAGGUACUUCAAGGGGCUCAACUUCCACCGUCCUGUGCUCCUCCGCUCGGAGUUUGAGCAGACGCUUGAUGCGCUCUACGACGGCAAGGUGAUCCCCCACGACCCUGGGUUUGUCUGCUGCGUCUACCUUGUACUCGCGCUGGGGACUCUCAGCGAGCUCAACCACCGUGUCAGCAAGAUGGACAACAACACCCAAUUGGGCGUCGCUUCCAACGCAAGGUCGCUCCUUCCGGCCGAGUGGCCCGAACACGACGAACUUUUCCAGCUGGCGCUCAUGGUCAAACCGGAUCUGCGGGUCACCGUGUCCAGUUUGCAGGCGCUCAUCCUGCUCCUUUGGUACCUCUAUACCGAGCGUCAGGGACGGACGAUGUGGCGUCUCGUCGGGAGCAUAGUCCGACUUGCGAUUGAGCUCGGGCUGCACCACGAUCCGACGUCACAGGCGGAGAUCUUCACCGAAGAGGAAUGCCAGCUCCGGAUUCGGCUCUGGUCCACCGUUCUCGUGCACGACCGCGGCACGUCCAUCCUGCUCGGGCGGCCACUCGCUAUCGCGCCGUCCGACUCGGACACGCCGCGCCCUACGCGUGGCAAGGGCACCGAGAUCUCAGAGCACUGUGUGCUCAGUGCUCCCAUUGCGGAGAUCCAGGCGGAUAUUAUCAAUUCCCUCUACGCCCCGACCAGACAGACUGCAGACGCGAUUAUGCGCCACGCCACCCGGAUCAUCAGGAGCAUGGUGGUGUUCCGCAAACAGCUCCCCGAGGCCUACAAGUACUUCUUCAGCGGCACGGAUGACUGGUCUGUGGAGAAGCGCACGGCAUUGGUCACUCAGAUCACGGAAGACCAAGGCCUGACGCUGUUGAAGAUCGGCAUCACGAAGGUGUUAUUGCUCCGUGCGUUGUUCAGCUCGAAGGAGCUCGACUACCACCAACGGCAUCGCGCACUCAUCGACGCCAUUGUGACGUCUCACAAUAUCAUCGUUGUUCACAACCAGCUCAUUCGGUUCCCCGACAUCGCCUUCUACGUCUCGCCGAUUCCACUCCAUAUCGCUGCUAUGGUCAUCCUGUACGGGCACAUGUCGGAGUGCGACCGUAUCUCACAUCAGACCGCGCUAGAAGACGUGUGGAUGGCGCUCGACAUGCUUCCGUCCUUCCGCUGGCGCUGGGAGCGGAAAGACAACAAGCUCGGGCACCCGCUCAUCGCCAAGCUCGCCGAGAAGGUGCUGGACGUGAAUCUGCACCAGGUCGCGCCAACGGGGCCGCCGGUGCUCCUCCCAGAGCAAGACUGGGAUGGGGAGAACAUCCUCUCGCCCAAACCCGGCUCUAUGUCGCACUCGGGCCAGUCGCCCACGACGCCCAAGGGCGGCUCCUCGCUGCGACAGAACGGCGGCGCCUUCGGCCCACCUGCGAUCAAGGGCAUGCACAUGCACGGCAGCGACAAAAAGCCGGGGCAGGCGACGAUGCCAGAACUCCCAUCGGCGUACUUUUACCCUGCAAUCUACUCGGAGUCGCAUGGGGCAGGCGCGGCCCUCCCGUUCACGUACAACAGCGAGCACUACAUGCUCGAGGAGAAGGAGCCGACCCCAUCGACUCACAUGCAGUCUUGGAAUGGCCCGGAACGACGAAGAUCGGGAUCCGAGGGCGCGGAGUACGCACGCAUCUGGAUUCUGCAGCAGAUCGCGGGAGUGGGAAUCAUGUGGGGGAUACAAGAGACAGAGAGUGGGACACGCUUGUACAACUACACGUGCGCCAGCGGCGGGAGGAAUGUCAACAGGGCCGGUUCUAUGAUGCAGGUGGAAGGGGGGCCGAUGAAUGCGGUGAACGGACGAACGCAGCAUGCGCGCGGGGGCGCGAAGGAGAAUAGCAAUAAUGUAGGUCAAAUGGUGUGGCGGGCGAAAGCAGAGCAGGCGCGAGGGCGGGAGUGGGAAUGCAUAGACCAGGCGGGCGAUCAGGUCUAG